CUCCAAAUCACAAACAAACUCGCAAACCCAACUUCAAACGGAAAAAGGUAAAGACAAACUGAAUCCGCGAGGGACUCGGACUGGUGGUGUAGCAAGGCAGUUUCCACGAGGCUUCAUGCGAUCUUGCUGGGUUUCGUAGGAAGCCUUCCAAUCUUCAAUACUUCUAGCCAAUGCCCCGCCGUUGAAGUAGAUGAACUGUACUCUCAUGUGGUAUAAGCUUCCAGGCUCGACGUUCAUCCACGAGUCUCAGACAAAGCCUCAAAGUCACCUUGAUGGCCACGUUCCAUGCCUUAGCCAAUUCCUGGUCAAUUCCCAGUUUCGACAUAGGGUUUUGAGAGAGUUUAAAAGUGGCCUUUCUAGUUCUCUCUUGAGCUCCCAACCAUUCCUUCUUGUAGAGAAACUUCCCAGGUUCCAAAUAAGCCACCAUUCGCCUCAUUUCAUUGAGUGUAUCCCGAGUUGCACCUGUGCAAAGUAGUGUACCUGGAACAUGUAAAAUAC